UUGAACAAGUGAGCCAUCAAAAAAUUGUGUACUUAGAAAACAUUUCUUGAUCACUAACAUAAACUAGUCCCAAUAUCAACCAUGGCCUGGAAUUUCACUAAAACCUCCCUCUUGCUCCUGAUUUCAACUUUUACAAUUGCCAUAUCAAGAACAACAAUAGCAAGUGAUCCUAACAUCCUUUCAGAUUUCAUUGCCCCAGAAAAUCAAACCUCUGUUGAUGCCAAUUACUUCACAUACACCGCGAUGCGCGGUAUAUUUCAAAAAUCUAUUGAUACAGUUACUACAACAAAGGCUACCAAAGCAGAAUUUCCAGCUCUGAAUGGUCAAGGAGUGUCACUAGCUGUACUUCAAUUCCCUCCGGGUUCUGUAAACCCGCCCCACUACCACUCUCGCGCUACUGGACUCUUUCUCCUUCUUGAAGGCGUUUUAGAGGUUAGUUUCGUCGAUACGAAGGAUGUUUUGUAUACUCAGAGACUAAAAGCAGGGGACAUUUUUCUUUUCCCUAAAGGACUACAACACUAUCAGCAUAAUUUUGAUCAUAAGAAAACAGCAGUUGGUGUAGCUGCUCUUGGUAGUGCAAGUCCUGGCACUGUUUCAUUGCCAUCCUCAAUUUUCAGUACUGGAAUUAGUGAAUUGGUACUUGCUAAGUCAUUUAAGACUGAUGUUAAGACAAUUAAGAAGAUCAAAGCAGCAACAUCAACACCCUGAUGUCAAGGCUUUCUCCAGAUUGUCAGAAGCGUAUCCAGGAUUUAAAUUUAAUGCGUUCAAUUUUUAAGAUUUGUAGCAUUGUUUUUAUUUAUUUAUUUAUUUUAUUGUUUAAUUUUUUAAUUUUUCGGAAACAUCCUCCCUAUCUUUCGAGAUAGGGGUAAGGUCUGCAUACACUUUACCCUCCCCAGACCCCACAUUGUGGGAUUUCACUGGGUAUGUUGUUGCAGCAUUGUUUUUAUUGUACUGUUAAAAGUACGGAUUUAGAUUUUAUAUUUCUUGAUAUUUUAGUUGGUUUUUCAUAUAUGUGUCCUUGUCGAAGGUGGGAUUCAAGAUGAAUCUGUAGGCAAAAGACUACAUCUGCCCCUGCAGAUUGUACAAUUGUCAUAUUUUAAAGAUAUCUUUGUUGCUUUCAGCAUUCAAUGCUUAAUUAGUCAAGUAUUGACUAUGUUAGAUCAAGAAAAUUAGUUGGUUUUAUGUUUUGUUCUGAUUGUGUGUGUGUUUAGAUUUAGUUGGGGAGAAUUCCUUGGUGGUUUGUUAUGAGAGAGCUGCUUUUGGUUUUACAACAACGAAACCUGCUUUGGUUCCAAGGUGUUUCAUGUGAUACGUGGAGACGAAGUGGA